UUCCAUUUGUGCAACGUUCGUCUGGCCACUGUGUCUCAGUCUCGCUGCGCAUCAUGUUCGAUGUACCUGAUGCUAAACGGGUCCGCCGUGAUGAGGUCCAAUCGCUCGCCUCUUCUCGUGAACCAUCGCCCAUCGAUGAGACCGACCUGCAAGAAGCCCAUGCUCGACUGGGCAAGCUCCUUAAUCUCGACGGACUGAUCGGAACGAAUACAGCUACCGAGCAAGAUAACGAUGCGUCAAUUCAUCCCGUCGAUGAGAUCAAAGAUGAGGAGGAGCAAGAAUUCGAGUUCCGUCUGUUCAGCGCCCCCACAAAGCCGAAGGACGCUACGCCAAAAGACCAAGAAACAACGGAUGGAGAUCACACGGCCUCAAAAGGCGAAACACCGUCCGGAAAGGAUACCAAGAAUACUACAGCGGGGACACAAAAGCUACGCAUUCGACUGCGGUCCCCUACCCCCUCUGGAGACCCCUCCGAAGGGCGGUUCGUCAAGGCCUUCCGUGGAUGGCAGUACUACUUCUCAACACCUACUCUCUUUGGUUUGGACGAAGAUGAUAUGGUGAAAGAGACGAUAGCCGAGCAAAGGCGUCAAUUCGAAGAUAUGGCCGUAACUGGCGAGCACAUCACAACCUGGGCCAAGGCGCAACCAUGGCCUGGCUGUGAUCUACCUUGGCGGGUCAUCCAUCUCAAGCGCCAUCAGACUAAGCUACCGCCUUCCUCGAAAAACAUCCCUGUUUAUGUGGUGGAGGGUGCCCCAGUAUCCAAGUCCCCAACCACACGCAAGAAGCCCGGCAAGAAGCGCCGCGUUCAAUUGCGUAAGAAGGUUGCUGCUGCGGUGGCUGCUAAAGAGUCGGAAGCUGAGAAGAGGACUCGCAAGAAUCGAGAGCGCAAGAUUAAGCGUCGCCAAAAGGCUCGUGAGCAGAAGGCUGCGGCGGCUGGUGCCGCCGGUGAUGGGGAUGUCUCCAUGGUGGACGGGGAUGGUGACUCGUCCGGAGUUGAUGAGUAAAGAAGCCCGUGUUGUUGUUGGUGAUACGAAGAUUAUGAUACCCUGUAGGAAUGGAAAGUGGCUUAUUUACUGUAAAACGAUUCAUUCGAUGCUUUUGGACCGGCAUCGUGCUAUUAAUAAGGCACUUUCAAGGGAUCAAAGCGUAACGGUUAUGUUGUAGCCAGGAUAGUGAGUAUAGAGCUUGAUUGAACCCGAUGUCGAACUGCAAACAAAGUAUCCGCAGCGAAUUUGGAAUUUAAUCAAAGUGUCCCCCGCAUCAAAAUUGCUAUAGUUUUGACGAUAACGCAUCGAAAAAAGGAGGCCUCAAACAGCCAGCAUCGAAGAGCCAUAUGACUUGAAAAAGGGGAAAGCUGUGGUCGCGA